CAAAAAAGUUAAGGACAAGAUACACGAGUAAAAUAAUCAGCUGAAAAUGGUCAUACCGUAAAUUCACAUUACAACACACAUCUUACUGACAAAACAAUUAUUUAAGAGCUAAUUACCAUCAGUUUGUUAAUACAAUCUAAUUAAUAAGUUCAAGUUGAGGAUUUAGAUAAUUAUCGCUAUUGAUAAGGAGUAAUUAAAUAAACAGUAAUGAUGAAUAUGUGGAAAGUUCGAGAGCUCAUGGAUAAGGCGACGAAUGUCGUUAUGAAUUAUACAGAAACAGAAGCUAAAGUGAGAGAAGCUACAAAUGAUGACGCUUGGGGACCAACAGGUGCUAUGAUGCAAGAACUUGCACAGGCAACAUUUACUUACGAGCAAUUUCCUGAAGUUAUGUCAAUGCUUUGGAAACGUAUGUUGCAAGAAAAUAAACGUAAUUGGAGGCGUACGUACAAGAGUCUCCUGUUGCUGAACUAUUUAGUACGCAAUGGGUCCGAGCGAGUAGUGACGUCAUCACGUGAGCAUAUCUAUGACCUCCGGUCGCUGGAGAACUACACAUUCGUCGACGAGAUCGGCAAAGAUCAGGGUAUAAACGUCCGACAUAAAGUGAGAGAAUUGAUAGAAUUUAUUCAGGACGACGAUAAGUUGAGGGACGAGCGUAAAAAAGCUAAGAAAAAUAAAGAUAAAUAUGUCGGGAUGUCAAGCGACGCGAUGGGAAUGAAUUUCCCUUCAGGUGACCGGUGGUCCGAUAACCCAAAAUGGCAGACCAAUAAACAAAAUGACACCCCAGCUUCAGCUUACAACGACUGGGGCGACACCAGGCGGAAUUACGACGACACCAAUAAUUCAGAUGAUGGAGAGCGCGAAGAUUCGGAUAACGAUAAUAGUGUUACCAAUUCACGGUCGCCAAAAAAAAAUGAUAAUGUAAAUAAAGAUUUACGUGAAUCGUUGGAUACGUUAGAUAAAAUAAGAAAAUUGACGGCCACAAAUGUCUCGACUGGAGCGACAAAUAAUUCUCCUAGUCGUACUCGUCAAUUAAAAAAAGUUGAUCUGGGUGCGGCUGCGCACUAUGGUCGAGAUAUUAUUAAUGAUAACAAAAAGGACAAAGAUAAAGAUAAAAUAAAAGAUAAAGAUAAGAUUAAGGAUAAUGUCAAUAUUGAUAUUGUCAGUGUUGAUAAUAAUAAAUUUAGUAGUGAGAAAAGUAAAAAUAUAUUUAAUGAUAUCUUUGACUCGCAAAACAAUGGGGGUUAUGACGAUGACUUUAAUCCGAGAGAGAGCGCUGAGAGCGGGAAAAAUUUGAAUUUUGACUUUAAUGCAGCGUUUGAGAAACAGGGGAAGGAAGAGGUUAAGACUGGAGGCAAUGGGACGGAUGAGUUUGCGGACUUUACCUCGGCGUUCAAUGCGGGGGUUACGAUAGACAACUGGGCGGCGGGACCAACGGCGGCGGGAGAUACGACGGGUGAUUUGUUUGGGAACAAUGCGGUUACGAGGAGCAACAAUAAUAAUACUGGAAUAUCAACAGAUUUAUUAUCAGACUUCGACGGAUUUAAUUCAUUUACCAAUCAUUCACAACCAAACGUUAAUGUUUUUAAUAAUUCUACACUUGACAACAGUGCCAAUUUAUUGUCGUGUACAAACAAUACCGGAUUUUUGUCCCCAAUACCAAUUAAUAGUAGAACAAACGAUUUGUUGACAACCUCAUCAGCAACGACACCAUCACAAAUAGGAUCGACGUGGGCCGGUGCUGGGUUAAAAAUUGACCUAGAUAAUUUAAUGGGUAACAAAAAUAAACCAUCUGGUCCAGCGCCUACUAUGAAUCAAUUAGCAUCCACAAGUCCCCAACAUCAACCACUUCAAUCAACAUUGAGAAUGCAGUCAAUAGGAAACCAACAAAAUCCAAAUACUUUUCCUUCGUUCCUUUGAGUAUAAUUUUUUUUUUUUAAUAAAUUUUUUUUGAAAAUUUUUUUUAAGUAUAAAUAAGUAUUAAGUUUUGCAGCUAAAAAUGUCAUUUAUGAUAUUAGAAGAAAAAAUAAUUUUUUUUUUUUUUAAUAAAAUAUAAUUAAUAAUAAAAAGACAAUACCGUAAGCUUCCGACACGAAUUUAAGUGAAAUAUUUAAAAUCGUUUACAUUAAAUGUUAUUGUUGUAAUUUGUAAUUUAAAAUUUUUUUAAAAUGAAUCGUCUUGUGGGCUAGAGAACGCGAUGCCGAGUAGGAUGAGUACCCACAUCGAUAUGUUUGGACGCGGUGCAAAGUAAUGAUGUAAGAUAAUUAAUUAAUUAAUUAAUUAAGGGUUGGGGGAGUUCUUAGGAGCAUAGGGUUGUUGGUACUCAUUUAACGUGAAAUUUUAUCAGGAAUUCAAAUAUGAAAUCGAAAAGAAAAAUAAAAAUUUGAGAUCGAAUUUUGAAGUAACAAAUUUUCGAUUUUUUUUUUUUUGCGAAAAAUUUUUGUGGCAUUGAAUUUUUAAUAAAAUUUUCUGUUGUUUGAGUACCCACAUCGAUAUAUUUAAAAAAAAGGCGCGCAAUUUAAAAUUAUAAAUAUGUAAUUAAUUAAUUAAUUAGUAGAUUAAUCGCAAAAGGCUGUGGUUUAAAUCAAGGGUUGUUGGUACUCGUUUUACGCAGAAUUUCAUCGACUUUUCAAAAGUCAUUCUUAUUUUUCAAAAUUUUCAAUCUCGAAAAAAUUACGACCCAUUUUUUUACCCAUCGUUUUUUUUUUUUUUUAAUAAUCGGCUCUAGUCCAAGGCAAAGCAAAUUAUAAGAAUAGAUUUCGGGUUUUUAAAACUUUUUUAUUAGAAUUUAAAAAUUAAAAUCAUUCCAAAUAUUAAAAAUGCAAUAAUUAAUAAAAAUGUUUUUUUUUUUUUUGUUUUUUAAUUUUAAUCAUUCCAAAAAUAAUAAAGAUUGAUUAUGAAUAUUAUAAAUAAAUAUAUAUAAAUGUAAAUUAAACGAAUAUAUAGCUAAUUAGCAAUAAAAUAAUUAAUGGUAUGUAAAAUGAAUUAAUAAGUCGAAAAAAUAAAUAAAAGGAAAUAAUAUUAAUAAAGACAUCACUUGUUAACAAAAAAAAAAAACAUAUCUGUACAAUAUUUCAUAUAUUAAUUAGUUAAUUUGUUAAUUAAUUGACUGUAUUAAAUUGCUAAGCAAUAAAAUCACUGAUUAAUUAAAGAAAUUUAUUAAUAAUUAAUAAUUAAUUGAAAGAAAAAAAAGUUAGAAAUAAAAAUCCAUCGGUUGUCUGAGUAAAAAAAAAAAGUUAAUUAGUAUUAAUUAUUAAGUAAAGUAAAAAAUUUUCUAAUCGAUAUAUCGAAAUUUGAAUCAAUGUAUCGAAAAAUGCAAUUCGAUAUAUCGAAGUUGCUAGUUCAAUAAAUUGAUACUUGAAUAUAUUUAUCACAAUUCGUGACUAAAAAAAACGAUUAACUUACAAUCGAUAUAUCGAAGUAUACAAUCGAUAUAUCGAGGUAUACAAUCGAUAUAUCGAAGUAUACAAUCGAUAUAUCGAAGUUUACAAUCGAUAUAUCGAAGUGUACAAUCGAUAUAUCGAAGUUUACAAUCGAUAUAUCGAAGUAUAUAAUCGAUAUACCAGAGUGUACAAUUGAUAUAUCGAAGUAUAUAAUCGAUAGAUCGAAAUUUACAAUUGCUAUAUCGAAAAUUUGACCAAGAUAUGAAGAUUUGUAAUUGAAUAUAUCAAAUCUUGAUAAUCGAUACAUUGGUACUUGAAUCGAUUAAUCGAAACUAAGAUCGAUAAAUCGAAGUCUGUAAUUCAAUAUCUAUCGAAACUAGUGAGUCGAUUUACCCAACUUCAAAUUCGAUAUAUAAAUACUUGAAUCGAUUUCUUGUAAUUCGAUACAUCGAAACUCGAAUCGAUAAAUCGAAGUCGGUAAUUCAAUAUAUAUCUAAACAAAACUUCGAUACAUAAAUGCUCUAAUCGAUUUAUCGUAAAUUGUAAUUCGAUAUAUCGAAACUCGAAUUGAUUUUUUUAAUGUUGUAAUUUGAGAUAUUACAGCAUUGAUCGGUAUAUCGAAACUCAGAUCGAUUAAUUAAAACUUUUAGUUCGAUAUAUCGAAAUUUGGAUCGAUCGAUUAAAAUUUUUGAUUCGUUAUAUCAUGAUUCGAAUUAGUGUGUAUUAAAUUUUUAAUUGAUGCAAGUAAAUAUCUGUAUCUCGGAAUUAAAUAUAUCGAAUCAUAAUUUUAAUAAAUCGAACUUUUAAUCGAUAUAUCGAAAUCAAUUUAUUGAAAUUUCAAGUUCGAUAUAUAUUGAAACUGAACUUAAGGAAUUCAAAUAAAAUUCAAUAGAUUGAAAUUUAAGUCGAUGUAUCGAAAUGUGAUUCAAUAAAUCGAUAUAUCGAAAUUUUAUUUAAAGUAAAAAAUGUUAACCAUUAAAAUUGUUAAUUAAUUUAAGCAGGAUAAUUUUUAAUAAUUUUGUCUUUAUUAUAAUUAUCAUUUUUUUAGAUGUACAUAUGCGAUAAUUAGUGCAUUUGAUAAUGAAUAAUUAUAUAAUUGUACAUUGAUAUUAAAAAAAAAUAUAAAGAUAAAAUUAACAAAUAAUAGUAAUUAAUUAAUUAUAAUAAUGAUUAAUACAUUUAUAUUAAAUUUUUUUUGCCGUUUUUAUUAUUAUUAUUAUUAUGAUUAUUAUACAAAAAAAAGAAAAUGUUUAUGUCAAUUGUUUAUACAUAUAUAUUUUAAUUAUUAUUAAUUAAAUGCUCAUUUGGUGCUGGUAUAAAAUAAUCCAUGGAAAUUUAUUUUCCUCUCCCAAUUUAUAAUUAAUUAAAAUAAUUACUACAAAAUUAUAAUUCUUAAAUAUAAGUAUAUGUUGUUGGUACUCUUUCCACCGGAAAUUCAAUUCUCUACAAUUU